AUGGAAUUCAAAGAUAAUUCAAGGAAAUUAUAUGAGUGUUCGAAAAAUUUCGGAAUCUUCUGUACUUGGGCUGCACCUCACAAGGACAUCAGUUGGGAUAACUGUGUGACAUCGGGUUUUGACUUCCUUUUGAAAAACUAUAUGACAUUGGUUAUUGGCAACUGCAAUUUUGCACCACGUGGUCUUCUGUCUGAUCCCGGGUGUCGGAUGCGAUGUUCAGACUCUUCAACUGAAGUCUACGUAUCCAGUCUGAUUUUAAUAUCAACUGCUUUAAUGAACACUAAAAUGAUCGUUUUUGAAAAUAGUUUCAAAAUAUUGUAUGCUCAAUUAAUGCUUCAUCAUUAGGGGUGAUCGUUGCGUGGGCCUGUCCCACCUACGUGCUAACCUGGACGUUACACAGGGCGAUAAUCCAGUAAUUACAUGCUAAUAGGCCACAUAAAAAGGCUAAAUGUAUCGGUUAAAUUCAGUAGUUUUAUACUGUUUAACUUCUUGAAUAUAUUUAUUAGACCUUUUAUGACGGUCUUUAAAGGUUACACUUUGUACCAUGAUUUUGAAACAACUUGAAGUUGUUGGGGAAUAUUUGUUACCGUAGAAAAUUCAUUGAAUUUUCAAAUUCAUUGACAUGUACAGAAAUGAGUAAAGUAUUCAUAUAUUUUCUUUUAAUCAAUGUUUUUUUCACUGGCCAUAUAUUGUUCAUUUCAACUCACAUCUACUGCUUGCUUUACACGUUCAACAGUGUGUACAUACUUUACACAAUUGUGUUCAGAUAUUGUUUGUGUUCAAACACUUGUAUAUAUUUAUUUACACAGAAUUUAUUAAAAAUGAAAUUUAUUUAAAUAUAAAGUUUAUAACAAAA